AUGCGAAGAAAGAGCGGGAAAAUGCCCAGUGUUCUCUUUCCUCCACUGAUCAGCAGUCAAGGCAGGGGCAACUUGACGUCGUUGUUUGCAUUGGAUAGUUGCGUGAAGGCGCAGAAAAUGAAGCCAGCUGGCGUCAACACGGCACCGAUCUCACGCACCAUCGCCAAUACCCCGCGGACUGAGACCUCUUCACUGAAAAAGCGCAAUCGUUUUUGA